UAUUGAUUUGUUUUUAAGUAAAAUAAUGAAUAAUAAUAACAAUGGCUAUCAAUCGAAUGAUAAAUUGUCGAAAAAUUUCAAUGAUAAUGAUGAUCAGGAUGAUAAAAAAUUGUUGAAAAUAAAAACCGUUACUGCUGCUUGUGUUGGUGGUGACAAUAAUCAUUAUCAAUCAUCAUCAAUAAAACAUUUAAUCGAUGCUGCAAUCCAAAAUAAUAUUGAAAUGAUCAAUACUUAUCAUCAAACAUUCAACAUUCCGGUAGAUUCGAUCGAUGAAAAUGGUCAUACUGCAUUGAUAUAUGCAUCAAGAAAUGGCAAUGUAAAUGCUGUACGACGUUUUAUUGAAUUGAAUGCAAACGUUGAUUAUCAAGAACCAUUUGAAUUCAAUACUGCACUUCAUUAUGCUGCACAAUGUGGUCAUACACGUACAGCCGAAUUAUUGAUUAAUUUUGGUAAUGCUAAUACAAAAAUAAAGAAUAAAUUUGGUAAAACACCAUUCGAAUUGGCUAAAGAUUUCGGUCAUGGUAAUAAUAAAAUAAUGAAAUCUUUAUUUAAUAAAAUGAUUAAUUCUUCAACAACAACCGCCGAUAAUAAUAAUAAUAACGAUGAUAAUGAAAAUAUCGGUGGUUAUUUAUCAUUGAUUAAAACGAAAAAAAUGUUUGGCGGUUCAUCGACAAGUAUUGAUUCUGGUUUUCAUUUGAUAAAAAAUGAAUGUUUUGAUUUAAACAACAACAACAACAAUCAUCAUAACCAUCAAAAUGAUUUAAUUACAUCAUCCGAAUCAGCUGCUGCUGCUGUUAAUUGUCAAAAUUCACAAAGGAAAAACAUUUCCUAUCUACCACAUAUAACAUUAUUGGAACGUUUUUCAAAAUUUGGUUGUUAUCGUUUAAUGGGUGAUGGUUAUGGUUUUGAAUUAUUAGCCAGAAAUGGUUCCAUUGCACAAAUGAUUGAUGAAACAUUCGAUAAUUUACAAAUACCAAAAUAUAAUUUUGAAUGGUUGCUGAUUUCAUUGGAAAAAAUCGUUAAUGAUCUACAAUUAAAUGAUUAUAAAUUAACAUCAAAAGAAUAUCAAGAUUUUAAUCAAGAACAACAUACUGAUCCACAACGUGUUAAUAAUCUAUAUGCAUAUAACUUAUGGCGUAAAGAAAAUUUGGAUAAAAUAUUGAAAAUGAUACAAUUUAUUCAAAAUGGUGGUGGUUUUGAAUAUCAGCAUUUGGAAAAUUAUUAACCCAGUGUUAUCACAUAUCAGUCAAUGAAACACUGAAUAUACACUUGAUAUUUGAUUUUAAGAAAAUUUUAAACAAUGUUAUUUUAUUUCUGCCAGGCAAAAUUCUAUUAUAAUUCCGCGGUCU